AUGGGAUGCGGUUCAACAAAGCCAGGGGAUGUAAAUAAUCCUCAAUAAAGUAAUAUCUUAAAUCCAUAUAUGAGUCAAUGACAAAUCUCAAUUGCGUGUGACUUCUCUCAAUUUGGUAACUGAAAAGAUUGGACAGAUUUCGUAGGAUUAUCAUCUUCUGAAACCUUCUUUGGGAAAAGGUAAUUAUCUUGGUCCAUCCUAUCUAGGUGCUUACGGAGAAGUUCGAAAGGGCAUUCACAAAUUGACCAAUCAAACGAGAGCUGUGAAAAUUAUCUCAAAAGAAAAGGCCAAAAAGGCUGACAUAGAACGUCUAAAGGAAGAAGUUGAUAUCCUCAAAAGAUUGGUAUGUUUAGUUGUCUCAUAUAAGGACCAUCCUAAUAUUAUAAAGAUCUAUGAAUUUUAUCAAGAUAAUAAAAACAUGUAUAUAGUUACAGAACUAUGCACUGGAGGAGAGCUCUUUGAUAAGAUCUAAGAAUCCAGUUCAUUUUCAGAACGAAAAGCUGCAGAAACUAUGAAACAGAUCUUGAGCGCUGUCAAUUACUUGCAUAAAAGCAAAAUAGUUCAUCGGUACGUAUUUGGUUGCAAUUAUUUCUAAAAGUGAUAUAAAACCAGAAAAUAUCCUCUAUGAAUCUUCAAAGCCAAACGCCUUACUCAAAAUAGUCGAUUUUGGGACAUCUCGCUUUUAUGAUCCGGAAGUAAAAAUGGAUUAAAAACUUGGAACUGUAAUUCUAUACCUAAUCUAGCCAUACUACAUUGCCCCUGAAGUAUUGGAAAGGAAAUAUGAUGAAAAAUGUGACAUUUGGUCUUGCGGAGUUAUUCUUUAUAUUCUUCUCUCUGGAACAGCUCCUUUUAAUGGUGACGAUGACAAUUUAAUAAUGGAGGCUGUGAAAAGAGGGUUCUACUCAUUCGACACAGAAGAAUGGAGACUCAUCUCAGUUGAGGCCAAAAGAUUGAUAUCAAAAAUGCUUGAGCGAGAUCCCAAAAAAAGGAUAUCUGCUGAAUAGGCCUUAUAAGAUGAUUGGAUUACAACUUACGUGAAGAAACCAGAAAUAGAUCUACCCUAAUUGACUAGGGUGUUAAAUAACAUGAAAAAUUUUAAUGUUGAGAAGAAGUUCUAAGAAGCUGCUCUUACAUUUAUGGUCAAUUAUUUAGCAACUAGUUAAGAAAAGUAGGAAUUAUUGACAUAAUUUUAAGCAUUAGAUUUAAAUGGAGAUGGCAGACUAAGUAGGGAAGAACUCGUUAUAGGUACAUCUUGCAUCAUAUAUUCCAAUAGGUUAUUCCAAAGUUAUGAGUUAUACUGAUGCUGAAAUUGAAGUUGAUAAAUUAAUGAAGCAAAUUGAUCAAGACGGCAAUGGUAGCAUUGAUUAUUCUGGUAAUUCAUGAUUGUUUCUAUGUAUUUAGAAUUUGUUUUGGCUACUUUUAAUAAGGUAAAAUUGAUAGAGGAUAAAAGAUUGGAAUAAGCUUUUAAAUUGUUUGAUAAGGAUGGAAGUGGUACCAUAUCUAUUGAUGAAAUCAAACAAAUAUUUGGACAAAAUUCUUAGGUCUCAGAAAAAGUCUGGAAGGAUCUUAUUCAAGAAGUUGAUUAAAAUGGAGAUGGAUAAGUAAAUUGUGUUUUAAUUAGAUCGAAUUUAAAGAAUUCAAAGAAAUCAUUGUCAAAGCUAUUUAAAAUACUAAUGAAACUGAUGACAAGAAAUGAAAAAC